GUGCUCGGUGUCGUUUCUCGGAACUAACCGGAACUUUUAGGUACGCGUCGUUGAGUUGUAUCGCGGACGGUGCGCACGUGGGGGAGAUACCUCGUGCAAGAUGAAAAUCAAAAGAAUCAGAAAGCUGAAGCGCAAGAAGAAGUACAAUCCGAAUGUGAAUCGAAAGAGGCUGCGGAAUAAGCUACGGAAACUGCCGGAUAUCCCAUGUAAUGAGAUAAAAAAAGAGUGGGAGUACAAAAGAUCCACCCGCGUCAAUUUGAAGGAGAUGGGCUUGGCGUACGACGCGAACGAGGCGAUGCAACUUCCUAACGUGAAGCACGAGCUGCUGGAGGGGGCCAGGAGGGAUGUCGCAGGGUGCGAGGACUCGUCGGAUCACGAGGAGAUGAACGUGGCGAAAAGUCAUGUAGCGGAGACGUUGGAGGCCGAGGCCAAGGCUCCUAGGCAGCGACUUCUCAAAUUGCCGAAGGCACAAACGCAGUUUCUCACUUACUUGAUAAAGAAGUACGGCGAGGAUUACGAGGCGAUGUCGAGGGACCGAAAGAACCAUUAUCAAUUAACUUGGAAGCAAAUACGUGCCAAGAUAAAAAUGUUUAAGAGAAUUCCGGAACAGUACAACGAACUUGCUCAAAACAGCGAUGAGCAGUUGGUGUCCUAAGGUGCAUAAAUGUAUAUUAGAAUUUUAUUUUUAUUUUGAUCGAGAUUCCAACAUAUAUUUAAGUCGAUGGCUUGGAAUGUAUGCUGUUAUAAUUUAUGCUAAUGUAAAAAUGGAUUGCGACGAAAUCUAGUACGUUUUGUUGUACGUAGCAAAAUGUACUGGCAUAUAAUACUGAAGAAUAAUACUGAAUUUAUAUUUGUAAGUAUAUAAUUAUAUACAAAUGUGUACCGAUGCA